UCGUUCACUGGUGAUAAACAGUCAUUUUUUUAUUCUUCGAUAUUGUAUUUGUAUUUUGUAACGUGUCUCGCAAACGAAGGCCUGGGCCCUAAUCAAGAUUGAAAAUGCUGCCACAUCAUCCGUCAACUGUACAAUUUUAUAUUUCUAUGUUUAAAAUCUAUUUAAAAUUUAUGGUUGUGUGAUGUUGCCAGACAUGCGAAAUGUCUUGGCUAAGUACCAGCUUGUCGGAAAACCUCACUAACAUUACAGGUCAACUAUCGACGUUUACAAAGGAUAUUUUAACGGAAGGAACUCUCGAAGUUGACGAUCAUGAGACAGAACUUAAGAUAACAAAAGCACGAGUCCGAGAUCUAGAGCUGACAUUGUACACUCAACGAGAAGAGUAUGACAGAUUGAAAGAACUUAAUCAUGAAUUGCAAGAAAGAACCGAAGCUGCUGAACUACAAAUUACCAGCAUUUCUCGUGAAUAUAGGGUACUUCUCCAAGAGAAAGAGGAUGAAGUUGUCCACCUAAGACAUCAGUUAGAGUCUGCUAAAGAACUUGCAAAUAAGGAUGAUCAUGCUCAGCAUCAACCAAGUUUCAGUGAAGAACAAAUUUUUGAGGGAACAAGUCACGAGGAAGUGGAAUAUUUGAAAGCAAUCAUUAAGAAAUUACAGGAUGAAAAACAGCAGUGGAAUAAAAAUUAUGACUCUGAGAAUUUACACAAAGAAAUGGAUCAUUAUCAACAGGAACUAGCAACAUUACACACAACUUACUCACAAAGAAUUUCAUCCAUAAACAAGAAGCAUAAACUAGAGAUUGAAGAGCUGGAAUCAUUUCAUCAAGAGGAUUCUUUGAGAAUACAAGAACUUGAGCAACGAUUAUCUGAGUUAGAGCGACACAGUCAAAUGGCUCAUGACAUGGAGUUGAAAAAUCUUCCUGAAUCUGAAAGCGAUUUGGAAAUAAUCAUGAAAGAAUCUGUUGAAAGCGAUCAGCAGGCUCUCGCAAGUGGCAGCAGUUCUUCCGAUCAUGGUGAACUAAAGUUACAGAUAGACCGAAUGGAAUGCGAAAAUAAGGAAUUGAAAGAACUUCUUGGUGUUUGUCAGGAGAAAGUGAAAGAAAAAGAAUUGCUUAUUUAUGGUUUGCAGCAGGAAAAUUCUCAGCUUAGAGAACAUCAAUACAAACAUCAGAAAUAUGUUGAAAAUACUGGAGAAAUGAAGACAGGCUUUGAAAGAGAACAUGACGAUAAUAAUGGACUAGGUACGGUCGUCGAAGUCAAGAGCAUAAGCGGGGCAUAUGAAAAUAACACAGACAUACCAGAACUGUUGGAACAUAGCAACAAUGAUGUAAUGAAAGGGUUUAAUAACGAUCAGCAGGACUCAAGUAUUUCCCGUUUGCAAGAAGACAUAAGAAAUCUUAAGGAACAACGAGAUCAAGCCGUAAGUUCUAAAGAAAAAACAUCGGCAUCCUUGGAAAGUUUACGUGAAGAACUUUCACGUUUGGGCGCCGUCACAAUGGAACUGAUGAAGGAACUUGAGCAGUCACAAGGGGUUGAAAAGGAAAGGAGUAUUGAGAUUGAAUCGUUGAAGAAACUUUGCCAAGUAAGGCGGCUCUCUGAAAUUGAGAGAGAUACUGGGGAAGUGAUGAAACUUAAAGAAAUCAUUACAGUAUUGUGGCGCAAAUACUCGUCAGUUAUUGUUGAAAACGCGAAGGUCAGACGUGAUAUGGUCUCAAUAAAGCGAAGACUGAUCGCUCAAUUACUGGAUAGACAUGGGGAAACCAAGUUGCUUUUGGACAACGUGAAUGAUGUAAAGACAAAAUUAGCCAGUCAAAUUGAAGGACAACGCCUAGGGGUGCAAAUGGAAAAAAAUAAACUGAUAUCAAAGGUGCCGGAAGUGGAAAGCGAAGUUGAAAAUAGAGAGGAAUGCUUGACGCGACUUCUUGAGCAGAAUGAUAAGAAUAAACUUUUUACGAAGGAGAUAGUUCGUGAUUUUGGAUUGCGUUCUUCUUUUGACAAUUAUGUCUCUACGUUAAUAGCUGAGAAAGAAGUGCUUGAAAGGACUAUUGUGGGACUGGAGGCAAAGGUCGAGGAAUUAGAAGAAAUUGUGAAAAACUUAAAUGAAAGCGCGCCUGAAAAUGGUGUGCCCGGUGUCCUGUGCGUGGACCAUUCUGUGGAUGAGGGGGAGACUGGGUUUGUUAGCCAUUCUAGUGUUGAUUCCAUUAAAGAUUAUGAAAAGUUGAUGGAAAAAAUACAGGAGUACGAACAGACUAUUGAGGAGUUUGAAUUCUUUAGAAAGGACUGGGAAGGAGAGAAGGAAGCGUUGGAAAAUGUCGUUGUUGAACUGAGACAGAAAUUAAAAGACCCUACUCCAGUUGCUAGCACAGAUCAUCGCGAGCUUAAAGAGUACUUUGAUAAUAUCGAGGACUUGAUGGUGAAGAGAAACUACGUUGGUAAAGAUGAAUUGUGUACAAAUGGAGGUUCCGGUACUAGGCUUAGACAUGACAUCUUAUUGUCUCGUGUUGUAAAAUUAUUACAAGAAAAACAGUUAAUGGAACUGCACAAGGACGAUGUAUCAGUUGAUCGUAAGAUGAUUCGAGAGGAUACAAUUGUUCAAGAGAAGGAUUCUAUGUAUAGCGAAGUUGGGAUGGACAAUGGAUCAAUUGGAGUAGAUGAGGCUCAUGAUGUUCACGAGAAGCCAUCUUUAGGAGCAAUGAAAGAUAAUCUGACAGGACUGAAAAACGAACUUGCGGCAACGAAAAACGAACUCGUGAAAACAAAACGCCGGCUUGAUGAAACUAAUAACGAACUCGAAGUAGCAAAACAAAAAUUGAGCGAAGGAAAAACAAAAUUUGAUGCACUGAAGCAAGAGUUCGAAACUGCUCACGUUGCAAACAAAGCUUCAAGUGAGAGGGAAUGCUUGGAUUUAAAAUCGAAAUUGGAAAUAUUAAAACGUGAACUUGAUUUGAGUCGCGUGAAUUUGAACAGUACAAUCUCGGAGAAGGACAAGGAGAUACACACACUUCGAGAUAAUGUGGAACAGCUACAACAAGUAAUGUCUAACUUUGAACACAACAAGGCAACUGCUGUGGCUCAAUUACAACAAGAAAUCAAAGAUUUGCACGAGGAUCUAAAUAGUGUAACAACAUCUUGUAAAAACAUGACUGCCCAACUUGAAGAAAGUAAACAACAAUUGAUUUCUGUCGAGGAAACACGAGCAUCUCUUAAGGAACAAUUGCACAAGAUUGGAAAAGAGAAAACAGAUCUGUUAGCGAUGGUGAAUGACCGCGAUUCAAGGAUCGAGGAUCUUCAAGAUUUACACGACACACUUGACCAGCAAAUGAGUUCUUUAAAAGAGGAAGGAGAUAAGAAAUCGAGAUCUUUUGUUGAACUAAGUGAAGAAAAUCUCUUAUUGAAAGAAGAGAAAUCUGAGUUAUUUGCAGCCCUCGAGACAAAAAGAACUCAGUUGGACAAUACUUUGCGUGAUUCCGCGAACCUAACAGAGCUACUUCGAGAGCAAGAAAUGGCUACCAACGAAAUGAGAAGACAAAACAACGAGCUUGCCAAAGAUCUAGAAAGUUGGAGGAUUCAUAUUGAAGAGUUAAAUCGAACGAAAGAAGCCUUAAGUCGUGAUCUUGAUGCCAAGUCUGAGGAGAUUAUGAGUUUGAAAGAGAGUAAUAUUGAGCUUUCCAAUCAGAGCUACGAAAGUAAUGCAGAGGUUACUCAGAAACUGAGUAUGCUUGAACAAGUCAUUUCAGAGAACAUGGCGUUGAAAUCUGAAAAUGGCAAUUUGAUGGCAAUAUUAUCAGAAACAAAGCAUUCCGAAAAAGAACUACAAGAUUCCUAUAAUUCUCUUAUGAAGGAAAAGGAACAAUUGGAUGCUAGUUUUUUCACGAAAUCCGUGGAAAUGGACCGAGAAAUUCGCAAGAAGACGGAUGAAGUUGAAGUUCUGAGAUUGGAAGUCGCACGACUAACAAAAGAGUCCCACGACAAGGACAACGUAAUACGGGCUCAAGUUAGUAGCAACUUGGUCAGCGGUAGCGAUAGGGACAUCGCUGCCAAGCAAGAGCAAUUACGUCAUAUCUUAAAGGAGAAGGAUGAAGAAAUAGAGGCGUUGAGGAGUAAAAACGAAUCAUUGUUGGCUUUGUUUUCUGAAGGUGAACAAGAAAAGGGAAGAGUAAAUGAAGAAAAUGAUAGCCAACACAGUGUCAUGUUGGAUAAACUUGAGAGAAUGUCAAAUGAAGUUAACGAAAAGAAUAAUCAAAUUAUCGCUCUGGAAGAUCGUGUUGAAAUGUUAAACAUCAAAUCGGCGAGCAAGGACCAAGCCUCGGCUCUCAUGCAUUCCGAACAACAGAAGUUGCUCCAUCUUAAUCAAUCACAAGGUGAAGAGAUCGGAAGACUUCGGGAAAAAAUCGAUAACCUAAGAUCAGUUGUUGGUGAGCGAAACUCGAACGGGGAGUCGUUGCACUUAAGUCAGAGGAAUGCUGAACUUCAAUCGCAAUUGGAUACAUUGCAAGCUGAACAGGAACGUCUUUUGAUAUUGGUCCAUGAAAAGGAUAAACAACUCUCAGUCAUUUUGAAUGAGGGGAAGAAAUCAAAUACUUUAAGUAGUCUAAUUGAAGAACCUUUGGUAAGGAAAGAGAAUGAGAGGUUUGUCAACGCGCUUUUUGAAGAAUCAACUAACAACCUUUCAAACAACGAGUUAAUGUACGAAAAUAGUAAACUUCGUGAAGAGUUGAAGACAUUACAGGGCUCCAUUGAGAAAGAUAGAAAUGCAAAUUCUGAACUAAUUAGUGAAAAGGAGCGAAUGGUUGAACGUCUUAAGAAUUUGGAGGUUAACUUGAGUCAGAGUAAGGAUGAUUUAAGAAAGGUUGCUUUAGAAAGGGAGCAAUUGCGCGAACUGUUAUCUUCCAACGAGGAAGAGAAUGGUAAACUUAACUACGAGUUAAAUACGCUGAGGAACGAAAAGGAUGAACUAUAUAUUGAACAAACUUCUAUAAUUGAAGAUCUAAGGAAAAAACUGGAUGUUCUACUUCAUAUUGUAGUUAGUGACGUGGAUCUUGGAGGUGAACAAUUUGAGAUCCUGGAAAGUCGUGAGGAUUUUGAAAGACUUGUAACCAGAAUAAAAACUCAUCGUACUCGGUUACGUAGUGAUAAAGAAAAUGAAAUAAGACUUCUCAAAGAACAAGUGCAGACAUUAAACUCGGUUCAGAAUAUCUCCAGCCCUCAAUUAGAAGCGAAAUUAGAACAAUUUAUGAGCGAAAAAGAAUUGCUAAGUCAGAAAAUAGCUCAAAUGGAAAGUGAAAGAGUUCAAAUGUUGGAGAUGAAAGAGGACGAAAUGACAAUUCUGCAAAGUCAGAUUGUCAAUCUUUCUGACGUCCUGAAUCAAAAAGAACGACACUAUCAGACAGAGAAGAGCGAGCUUGCUUUAAGACAUAACACUGUCGAACAACAUGCGAAUGUCUUGCAACGAGAGCUUGAUGCUGCUCGUGAAGGACUCAGUGCGUCAAAAAAUGAAAUCACGAGACUUUGCGAGGAGAUAACGAGACUGUCCGCGUCUGCUGAUAGUAAACUGGAUGUGACAUUAAGGGAAAAAGAUGCACGUGUGAACAAUGCAGAGAAAGAAAUUCGUGAAUUAAACGAGAAAUAUUCACAAAGUGUACAGGAGUUACAAAGCACAAAGAGUGAAUUGGACAAGGCCAGGACACUGGCACGAAAUUUGGAAGCGAAGAAAGAGAAGGAACUGGAGCGAUUGCGCACGCAUCUUCUCCAGGUUGAAGACAGUUACACACAAGAAGCUCUCGAGGCUCAAGAACGAGAGAACGAACUUUGCAGCCGAGUUGAAUCGAUGCAAAAGCAGCUAUUGACCAGCUCUAACUCGUUACAGGAUAACAAUCGCAAUGCUUCCAUAAAGUUUGAAAGUCUUCAGGAACAACUGAACAGUAUAACCACACAACGUGAUGAAGCGCUGGCUCAACUAGAGCAAGUUCAAGAGCAAGCAUUGCAGUAUGCAAGAAGUGUGGAGAAUUUACAAAUGGUCUUGGAGCAAUUUCAACGAGAAAAAGAAUCAGAAUUAAACAAUUUACGAGCAAGUUAUGAAAACAAAUUAACUGAAACACAGUCGGAAGUUAUCAUAUUGCGCGAACGAGAGCAGGAACUACAGAAAUUACUUCACAAUGCGUCGGAUGCAUUGAAUAAAGCUGAAAUGUUAAGUAACGAUCUCAAGGCAAAGGAAGAUCAAAUCGAAAACUUAAAAAUGACUGUUGUUCAUUUGGAGUCGGAUCUUCAGUCAAGUCACGAUAAGUUACGGCAAUUAGCGAGCAGUAACGAUGGAAAAAUUGAAAAAGGAAUUAUGAAGAACAUGCUGUUAGCAUAUUUCAAUACCACUGAACACAAGCGUUCUGACGUCGUUGCGGUUUUGGGCCACAUUCUCGAUUUUACUGAUGAGGAAAUUAAGAGAGUUGGUACUGGCUCUCAACCACCUCAAGCCACAGGCUGGUUCUCUGGUCUUCUUUCCAUGUCUUCUGCUUCUCGAAGUCAACCGCAGUUGGACAAGACGUUUUCACAAUUAUUUGUCAGCUUUUUGGAAAAGGAAUCGGAGAAUCAACUCUCGUCAAAAUCUCAUUCAUCGGUUUCUCAGCAACGGUCUGACAUUCCUAAGUCAUCAACGGUGACCGCGAUUCCGUCUAGGCUGCGGGAUUCUCCAUUACCCAUAAGUCCACUGGCUGCAUCUACACCCCUUGGAGUUCCGGGAAACGCUAAUACAUCGAAGGGUGAUGCGAUUAACCCAUUACUUCUAAACGAAAGGAAAGAAGAGAAGAAUGUUUUGCGAGAGAGCCGGGCCGUACCUAAUGCUGGAAACGCACUUCUUGGCUCGUCAUUGCGACCAUCACUAGAUCUUCCCACGUUUUCAAAUUCAUCUUCCUCGUCGACUGCCUUGAGACAGAUCCUCUUUAACAACUGAUGUAUGUAGACUAUACAACCGCGCUUUAAUCGUGAAGAAAAUGAGGUAUAUUAAUCCACGUAUUUUCACCUCCUGGGCAACAAAAUUGAAAAACUGGAGCACAAUGAAUCAAUGAAAUAACAUCUCAACACCUAUAUUUUUUGCAAUGAUAAAUCGUUGUUUGAAUGGAUUUGUAUAGAGGAGAAAAUAUUACCACGGCAAGACCUACGUUAUAUUACCAUUCAAUAUUUGGAAUGAAAUAUAUAUUUACAUAAAAUGGUGCAUUAUACAUAAAUACAAUGCGUAAACAUAUUCGUGAACAUAUAUAUACUAAAAUUGUUCGUAUAUUUAUGAAUACACAGCAUGGGGAGUGCUACAUCUGAAUUACUAUUUAACCAUAAUCUAUAUGUGUAGUCAUCUUGUAGCAAUCGUCUUUUUUAUAUUUGAGAAUUAAAAUCCUUACAAGUGUUUGAUGGCAACCGGAAAAGCCAGGUA